AUGCACGGCGUCCACCUGCUUCUGCUUUGGCUGGAUGCGGGUAUGCUCCCUCUCCCCUUCGGCUACCGGUUUCUCUGCUGCGUGCUCUUGCGCACCCUCACCUUGCAUGCCCGACCUGCAGCAAUCUACGAGAUCUUUGCCAUCUUCCGCGAUUACACGACAAAGGGUCCGCUUCUCGUCUACGCAGUCUGUAUAGCACGACAUGGGGCUACGAGAUCACUCUGUAUAGUCAAGACAGUGAAGCUGGGGCAACUAGGAGCGAGCGAGUCGCAAGCAUCUUGCGACUGA